AUGAAUAGGCCGCCGCCGCAGGGUCGUGGCCAGCCACGGCCAGGUGCUACAUGGGCUCCAGGGGCGCAGGAUGGCUUUUACGUGCCAGGCCCGGAGGUCAUCUCCCCCUCCCCUCAAAGGGUGAUGCCUGAAGUUCCCGAGAACAUGCAGGACAAUCUUGCCCAUCUGGAGCAGGAGGCUCGCGACUCUCACCGCAGCUACCGCGCCGCACCCCAGUAUAACAACAACCCCCAAUUUCCUGAGAGAACCGCUUCAUCUCACGGCCCUGUUCAGUCGCCGCCGCCGCCGUCCGCUCCCAUGCAUUCCGCCGGGUAUGGGUACGAAGACACUACUUCGUACGAGCAGCACUCCGCCUACGACACCAUGGACCAUCCCAACUUCUCGCCCUUCCCCGUCCUCCGCAACCCCCCUCCAAACGUGCCGCCCACCGAUGAGCAGCGAGAGGCCAACCUCGAGCGGGCGCGUCUGGCCGUCUUGUCGUCCAACGACCCGGAAAUGCAGCUGGCGUGGGCUCAGGAUGCGCUCACCUACGUCGAGAUCGCCGCGCAGAAUGAAGCCCGGCUGUCGCUGAUCCAGCCGCCGCGUCCGCAGACCCCGCAGGUCGAACACCAGCUCAAGACCGACGCCAUGAACAUUGUCGGCUUUCUGGCUGACCAGCGCCACCCCAAGGCCGAGUUCAUCAAGGGCAUGUGGCUGGAAUUCGGCAAGUUUGGCUUCCGCGUCGACAAGAAGGAGGCAUUCCGCUGCUACUCGCGAGCGGCGGAGAAGGGAUACGCACGGGCGGAGUAUAGGAUCGGGAUGCAGUUUGAAAGCUCCAACGAACCAGAAAAGGCUACCAGACACUAUGAAAAGGGCGUGAGCCUAGGCGACUCUGCGUCUUACUACCGUCUAGGUAUGAUGAUCCUUUUGGGCCAACAUGGUCAACGACAAGAUUACGCGAUGGGUUUGGACUAUAUUCGACUGGCUGCCCAGACAUGUGACCAGAAUGCCCCCCAGGGUGCUUAUGUGUUUGGUAUGCUUUUGGCCCGAGAGCUGCCGCAAGUCAGCGUUCCCGAACAAUUCCUCCCGCUCGAUCUGAAUGCCGCUCGUGUCAACAUCGAGAAGGCGGCCUAUCAUGGCUUCGCCAAGGCCCAGGUCAAGAUCGGUGCGGCCUACGAACUGUGCCAGCUGGGCUGUGACUUCAAUCCGGCUCUGUCUCUGCACUAUAACGCCUUGGCAGCCCGUCAGGGCGAGCCCGAGGCAGAGAUGGCCAUAAGUAAAUGGUUCCUCUGUGGCCAUGAGGGUGUAUUCGAGAAGAAUGACGAGUUGGCCUUCACCUAUGCUCAACGCGCCGCUCAGAGUGGUCUCCCGACCGCGGAAUUCGCUUUGGGAUACUUCUAUGAAGUCGGGAUCUAUGUUCCCGUGGACAUCAAAGAGGCGCGAAGCUGGUACGCGAAGGCGGCGGCAAGUGGAAACAAGGAUGCGACAACCCGCAUCGACAGCAUCUCCCGGUCGAAGACACUGUCAAGGAAGGACCACGAAAGGGUGGCCAUUGCUCGAAUCAAGUCCCGGUACGGCUCCCAUGGCCGCCAGAAUUCUUUGGAUCCAACUCCGGAGAAUCUCGAGAUGCCCGAUCCCUCCAGGAUAAGUCUCUCAGACCCCCCUCCCUCGGCUGCCCCGUAUCCCGAUCAAUCGGCUCCUCGGCCUCGACCCGGUCCCGGUGGCCAGCCGAGCUAUCCUAACGAUCCUAGGCCAAGUUCUGCCUUUGGCAUCAACCCCAACAUUCGUCCUAAUACCGGAUCCAACUAUGGCCCUCCUCAUCCGCCCCCUAAUAACCGUGCCGCUUCAUACGGCCCGGGAGGUCCCGGACCUGGGGGCUAUCGUCCCUCUGGACCUGGAGGUCCGCCGCCGGGCGGCCCUGGUAAGCCAGGCCCGGGUGGAGCAGGUAAACUCGAUAUUGGAUACUCUGCGCCCAUGGAACCGGCCGGAAGAAGACCCCCUCCCAACAUGGGAAAACCUCCCGGCCGUCCGGACGGGGGAUACCACGGUCCCCCAGACCGAAGGCCGCCGCCAGGGAGAGCCCCGGCGUCACCACACCUGCAGGGCUCCUCAAUGCCCAACUCACCGCAUCUGUCAGGGGGGUCUCCCGUUUCUGGCACCUUUCCUCCUCGUAUGGAGUCCAGGCCGCCGCCACGAGAUUCAGCCUCUUCCACCCCUAGACCCUCGGCACCAUCCUCGGCACCACCCUCGGCACCACCCUCAGCACCCCCUUCAGCACCCCCUUCAGCACCACCAUCUACUGUCGCGAGCUCCCCCAAGCCCGCCGCUCAGCCUGCCAAGCCGCCAAGCAAAGGACCCAAGACGUUCGAAGAAAUGGGCGUUCCUGCCGUCAAGAACGAUAGUGAUUGCAUUAUAAUGUGA